AUGCUUUCCGACGACAAGUCCGCGAACAGGCCUUCUGUGAAACGCAAACUCGCCAUGGGCUCGCCGCGAUCAACUCGGAAGAAGGUUUGUUACGAUGAGACCUCUACUCGCAUCUGGAGCGACGAAGACGUGCUCGUGCUUCUCCAAUCCAUCCUCGACUAUCGCAUCGCUUAUAACAAGGAGCCUAACGCUGAUUACUCGGCGUUUCUUCAUUUUGUGAAGGAUAAGCUUAAUAUGAAUGACUUGUCCGUGAGACAAUUGGGCGGUAAGGUUCGAAAGCUCAAGUAUAGAUACUCUGAGUCUUUGAAGAAAGGAGAGAAAGACGUGGGUGAUGACAAGGUGUUUGAGCUUUUGCACAAGGUUUGGGGGAGGACUAAUGACAAGGAUGAGGUUGUUGUAACUGAAAAUGAGGGGGAUGAGGUUGUUGUAACUGAAAAUGAGGGGAAGGGGGAGGAUCAGGGUUCGGGUUUCGAGGAGACUUACCCGUACUUGAGUGAGGCGUGGGGGUCUAAAUUUGAUUUACCGCAGCAUUUGAAGGAGCUUGCAGUUGCCAAUUUUAUGAUGAUUGGAGGUGAAAAGCUGAGGGCAUUGGAAUGUGAGUGGAAGGGAGUGUCUGUCGAGGAGUUGAAGUUGGAUGUCAAGAAGCUGGAAUGGCGGGCCAAGGUUGUGAAAGCGGUGUUGGAUGAGAUGGAAGGUUCGGGGGAUUGA